UAUUGUGAAGUGUGGCAUUGUUGCUUCCCACGUCGGUGGUGUUUUAUUGUGAAAUGCAGAGUAGUUUCCUGUGUUUAGCGGUGUUGGCGUUUCGGGUGUUGUUAUUGUUAUCGUGUGGGUCCACCAUGGAGGAGCUGAGCGCCGUCGGCGAGCAGGUUUUCGACGCCGAAUGCGUCCUCAACAAAAGACUCCGAAAGGGAAAGUUGGAGUUUCUGAUCAAGUGGAGAGGGUGGUCGUCCAAACACAACAGCUGGGAACCCCAAGAGAACAUUCUUGAUCCCAGACUUCUGGCAGCCUUCAACAAAAAGGAACAAGAGAAGGAGCUUCUGAUCCGGAAACGUGGGAAAAGGCCGAGAGGGCGACCACGGAAAAUUCCCGAAAAUGUGCCAGAGGCCACAAAGUCCAACAGCUCUUCCUCAGGAUCCUCAUCUACGUCCUCUGAUUCCUCAUCUUCGUGUUCCUCAUCUUCCUCGUCCUCCUCGGAAGACGACGACGUCGAGCAGCAGGCGAGCCCUAGAGUUCGAACGCGAGACCUCCACCCCCACCCUGUCCCCCAGAAGAAAGCGCAGAUUGUGGUGGCCAAGCAGGAGCCCCCCAAAAAACGAGGACGCAAAUCUCUGAGCCAAGGCCUUCGGAAAACCCUCAAGAAGGAUUCCGAUCUUCCCGGUUCCAUUAAGAAGCCGGUUCACCUGGCCAGCUUUGCCUUCAUGGGUUUUCAUCGCGGUUCGAGCAGGGAUGCGGCAGGUGGUCCCAACCGCAGUUCCACCACCCACGGAGGAACUUCCAGAAACUCCUUGAGCUCAGUGGGAUCGGGCAGAUCAAUCCCGCCUUCUCCCGUCAAACUGAUGAAAUUUAGCUCAGGCAGGAAUAUCGCUGAGGGGAAACUGUCCAUCUCCAGUCUGGAUUCGUGCAAAACAAGAGGGGUGGCGGCUUUGAACUUGAAUGCAUCCAAACAUGUCCAAGGAUCCCCCCAGCGAACCACAAACUCCCCCAGUAUACAAAAGGCUCACGUGCUACAGAGAAUAACCAAUGCUAAAGCCAUGGCGGCCCAAGCAGCAAAGAACAUCGCGACUAAUCAACCUCUCAACCUUCACAACAAAGUAACUCAGGGCAACAAAUCGCCUGGUCCCAGCCCUGGUUCAGCUUUGAGAAAAGCAGCACCACCUGCGCUGAAAACUAACCAAAACCAGGAGUGCAAACCCCCCCAGAGUCCCGCUCCCCCGGGAGGCACCCGAAUAUCUGCCCCAGUCAAAGACCUGACAGAGAUCCAGACCUACAGAGGGAAGCUGGACAAAAGCGAUGCCCAUAAAACCGAGAACCACCUGGAAAGAGCGGCCUCCAAAGACGGCAAGAUGAGCACGGGCGAGGACGAGAGUAGCUCUGACUCUGACCAGGACUCGUCAGAUGCCGGCCAGGAGCGCGUGGCGGUGGUCCAUAACCAAGACUGGAAGCCCACCCGCAGUCUGAUAGAACACGUGUUUGUCACGGACGUCACUGCCAACCUAGUCACAGUCACGGUAAAGGAGUCGCCCACCAGCGUGGGAUUCUUCAGCAUCCGCAACUACUGACUGGACCUCAAACACUCCACCUGACCAUCGCAUCAGGAUACUUCAUGAUUGUAAUUUAUUUGCUUACCUUAUUUGAUGCCAUGAUACUUUUAAGUGCGUUUUAAUCCGAAUCCAUGGGAGUCCGAUCAAACAUCUAAGGACCAAGGGUAUAGAAAGCCCACCAGGACAACUCUUGCUGCAUUGGAGACAACCGGGAAGCCGGAAAUAUUUAACACGGAGUUUACAGGGUGCAACCUCAAAGUGUUCCAGUCAAAUGUAAACAACAAAAAGCAUUGUUGGAUUUGACCGUCGACUGUUGACGAAAAAGUGUGAGACCAUGAUACUUCAAUUAUGUUUUAAUCUGAAGUCACGGUAGUCCAGAAAAAAAAUCUUAAGGGCAACCACCCAAAGUCAGUGGGUGAAUCUCUUGCUGCACGCAAGUCGUAAAUAUCUCACUUGGAAAUUACAGGGUCCAACAUCAAAAGGUUUCAGUCAAACAAAUUUCAAAAAUCUCUUGGUUCCUUCAAGACCACAGUGAAGUCUGAAAUAUCUCACUCGGAGUUUACAGGGUCCAAUGUCAAAACAUUUCGGUCAAACGUAAACCAAAUAAAAAAAAAAAAAAGUUCUCAAAAUCGUAGCUGACCUGAUGACAAAACUGACAGCCUAAAUCAUUUUGGAAAUACACUAUAUUGCCAAAAGUAUUCGCUCACCUGCCUUGACUCACAUAUGAUUUUAUAUGCUAUCCCAUUCUAAAGCAAUAUGGUUUAAUAUGAUGUCGGUCUACCCUUUCCAGCUAUAACAGCUUCAACUCUUGUGGGAAGGCUUUCAACAAGGUUUAGGAGUGACUUUAUGGAAAUCUUUGCCCAUUCUUCCAGGAGUAUAUUCGUGAGGUCACACACAGAUCCACUCAAAAUCAACCCAAAGCUGUUCUAUCGGGUUGAGGACAGGACUCGGUCCAGGACAGUCAAGUUAAUCCGUACCAAAUUCUCUCAUCCAUGUCUUUAUGGACCUUGCUUUGUACACUAGUGCACAGAAAUGGUGGAAAAGGAAGGGGUAAUCUCCAAACAGUUUGGCUGUGCAAAAUCUCUUGGUUUGCUGAAGCAUUCAGAGUUCCUUUCACUGAAGCUCAGGGGCUAAUAUUUAGGACAUUUUCCGUUUGUGGGAACAGUUUG